ACAUUCUGCUCAGGCGGAACGACUGCGCAGCACUACGAGUUGACGUCUGUGACCUGCGACCUUGUCGGAACUAUUUCGUAGUAGAACGGAAUCAGUUUCCGGUCUAUUCGGCGAGCUCAGGGUGCUGUAAUCCCGUCCACAGACGCCAUGACUCUCUUUCAUUUCGGGAACUGCUUCGCCUUGGCCUAUUUCCCCUACUUCAUCACCUACAAGUGCAGUGGGCUUUCAGAAUACAAUGCCUUCUGGAGAUGUGUCCAGGCUGGGGCCACCUACCUUUUUGUCCAGCUAUGUAAAAUGCUGUUCCUGGCCACCUUCUUCCCGACAUGGGAGGGGGGAGCUGGAGUGUAUGAUUUUGUAGGGGAAUUUAUGAAGGCCACCGUUGACCUGGCAGAUCUGCUGGGCCUUCAUCUGGUGAUGUCCCGCAAUGCCGGCAAAGGAGAGUACAAGAUCAUGGUGGCAGCCAUGGGAUGGGCAACGGCGGAACUCGUCAUGUCCCGGUGUCUUCCUCUGUGGGUAGGUGCCCGGGGGAUAGAGUUCGACUGGAAAUACAUCCAGAUGAGUUUCGACUCCAACAUCAGUUUGGUCCAUUACAUCGCCAUGGCAUCGGUGGUAUGGAUGUUUACACGCUACGACCUUCCCAAAAGCUUCCGGCUGCCAGUGACGGUCCUUUUGGGUCUCUGUGUCUACAAGGCCUUCUUAAUGGAGCUGUUCGUCCACAUGUUCCUGCUGGGCAGCUGGACGGCUCUGCUGGUGAAGGCCCUUCUGACCGGGGUGGUCUCUCUCUGCUCCCUCUUCCUCUUCGUCACUCUGGUCCACAGCAACUAGUCACCAGACGAGUGGCUGGUUUCCCUCUUGGUGCAUAGGCAGGCUUAUUUGACCGCUGCAACUUUCAUGUCAUACAAUUUUUCUGUAACUGGACAAUUUUUUGGAAACAAAAAAUGGUGUAUAAAUGCCACAACCCAUACUGCUGCCCUGUCCUGUCAGGUCCUAUGUGAGCUACACAUGGUGUGUACAUUUUCAAAUUCCACAUUGGGCCUGGGGUUAGGACAUUCCUUAUGAAGAGCUGUGUAAAAGACAAAUGAGUUUGAGGUAGGAACCUGCCUGUGUAAGUGUGCCAGACAAACAGUUUAUACAUUUUUCUUUUUCUAACCAAAUUUGUAAUGAUUAGAUUGGGUGUAUGUAUGUUUUUCUAUCGAAAGUAGUUUCCUGAUUGCUUUAGAACUGAGGCAGGUUGAGCAUUAAUUAAGUGUUAUGACUAACUUAUUUUGUAUUUUGUUUUUUAAUGAGCCAGCAUGUGUGGAAUUAUUUCUAGAUUCAGUGGAAUUUCGCAGAAGAAUAACUGUGAUUACCUUUGUUUUCAACCAGAGGCCCUUGUAUACUAAAUUAAUCAAAUGUAGCCAAUUAUCUUUAUUAUAAAUCAUAAAUGCCCUGUCAUCAAAACAUUUCCCUGGAUAGUAGAAAUGGAAUUAUACAGUAUCCCACGUGUUUUUGUUUGCGCUGUAAACAGGGAUUUGUGAAACAUUGAGACCACAAGCGAUUCAAAAGUUCCCUUCUCAUUGUUGGUCAGUAAGAUGAUGCUGGAUAUUGUUAUAAAAAAUAAAUUACAAUAAAUAUAA